GGAUUACAUCUAGAUGGAUAUAAUGAAGAGCUGGGCUUGGCUUUCGAAUACAGUAGUAAUCAAUAUUAUCAAAUCGUGCCUUUUUUUCACCUGCAAGAACAAAUGAAUCUAGAUGCACAAAUUUGGCGUGAUUGGAAAAAGAGAGCGUUAUGUUAUCGGGAAGGAAGUAACUGGCAUAAGGAAUAUGCUUUGGUGAAGGACGAAAAAUUUGAUACAUUGCUUGGCCCUCAAGCCAUUUUUUACCCUCAGGAUGAUAAUACAGCUUCUGUAAGGCAAGAUGCCACUGAGCUGGAGGAGGAAAACUAUCAUCUUCGUAAUGAAAUACAAAUAGAAGUUGAUACUAAUCGUCGAAAUGAGAAACAGAUUAGGGAUCUAGAACGUGAUUAUGACCGCUGUGUACAAGAAAUCCAGACACUUAAUGGGGAGAUAGAACGUCUUGAGAAUGCUUCGAAAGAAGAGAUAAUAGAGUUGAAGUCUGAAAUCUCCAGCCUAAAAAGUCGGCUAUAUCAAGCUAAGAAAGAUAUACAAGAUAAGGAAAACUAUAUUUCU